ACCAGAUUGCUACUAAGAGAACUUUUCUAGACUUUACUAUGGAGAAAACUUUCAAGGUGGACAGGUAUGAACUUGCUGUUAUUCCUGAAAGGAAUCAGUUCAAAACUCCACUUCGUGAGAAACUUACUGAAGAAGAGCAAUGCUUGGUUGACAAUAUUUGGAGCUUGUCAACUAUAGCCCAAUCUUCAGGAAGGAAGGCUACUUGCGUAAACUACUUAAUUCAACUUUUGGUCUCUGGAAGACAUAAGACCAAGAAACCAUUUACUUGUUAUGCACUUUAUACUGGUAAGAAUGCUGGUUUAUACUUAACUUGGGAAGAAAUGAUCACUGAACUUGAGGAACUUAAGAAAGAUCCAAAAUCUGGAAAUCCUUUGUAUAAAGGAUAUUACAGUAUUGAGGAAGCUACUUCUAUGCUAACUCAAAAGUUUGGAAAUGAUUUUGUUGUUUCUGAACAGAUACUUAGGUAUAAAGAAUACCUAAAACACUUGGAUCAGUUCUCUGAUCAGGAACUUCUGAAAAACUUAGAAACUGGAGCUUCCAGCUCAGUGAAACUUCAGAGGUUUGAACCUCAAACUCCUAAAAAGAAACUUGAGAACACUUUCUCAGAAGUAAUGAAAACUUCCUUGAAACUUAAGGAAAAGGAGAUUCCUACACUUGGAAAAAUUCCAGCUCCAGUCACUUCUCUCAAAUCCAUUACUUCACCUUCACUAAACAAAAAUCCAGUUUGUCCUGGAGAAUGUUCCUUGAAAACUUUUGUCUUACUACAGGAAUGUUUAGCCCAGUUGGCUAAUUCAGGCAUUUCGACUCCUGGAAUCUCAAUCUCUUGGGAUUUCAAUUACAACCUCUACAAAACUUGUUCUCUACAAUAUCCAGAUUGUCCAGAAAACCAACAAUCGGAUGACUUCGAAUGUCUUUGUAAACUUGAGUUUGCCAUUAGAAAAGCUCGACUCCUUAUUCCUGGGUUUAAACCUUUUAAAUUUCAGGAUUAUCCAGUUAACUUUUCUACACUUUUAAAACAUGGGUUGGUUAAGUCAGCCAAUAUUUCUCCACUCCAUGAAUUUUCUGGAAUACUUCCAGAAAUGCUGGCAGAAACUUUUGAAACUAUCAUCCCUGAAUUUCCCAAAAAAUUCAGAUUGGAUUUCACUUCCCUUUACCCAGACUUCAAAGAAAAUAAACCUGCUUAUCAUCUACUAGAAGUGAACUUUCAAAAGGUGGAUGAUGAAUACAAAGACUUUGAGGCAGAACAUCAGCAUCCCAGGGCCUUGAAACUUGAAGAAACAAUGGAGAUACAACUUGACCAGGCCAGGGCCAAGAUACUUGCUGAAAACUUCAACUGGACAAAAUUUAAAUUUGCCAACAAGAACAUACUGAGGGAGGACUCUCAAGGGAAGAUCUACUGUGAUCCAAGCAUAGGAUCAAGAUACUUUUUUCCCUUUGAAAUCACUCAUCCCAAUCCAAGACUUGUCAACUCCUACAAGAGAAGGAUCAGGAGGAUACUACCGAGAACUUUGUCUUCUUCUGAAUCAGAAGAUAUGAAUAUAUCUUGA